UUGGGGGAGUGCGGGGUGGCAGGUGAUCUCUGCCUCCCUUACUGGUGAACUUGAUUUUUGUAAACACUCAAAAGUCACUUAGGCUAGAGUUGGAGAUGGAGAUUGAGAUUCACUGGGAAGGCCACAAGAGAACGUUUUGAAGUAAUGGAAAUAUUCCAUAUCUUGAUCAUGGUGUAAGGACACUUCAUUAUAUACGAAUUAUGGAUCAAUUUUUUAAAAAGCUCUCAGAUCAAGGUUAGUCAUUACAGCAAGGCAACAGACAUAGCAAAUUUAAAAUUUUGGAGAAGUAUACAGAAUACCUGCAUAUGGUGAUUCUGAUUUGCUUCAGAAGUGACAUGUUUAAUGUAUUUAGACAAAAAUACUCUUCGUUUUUCUUUGCUUUUAUUUACGACCAGGGUAAAAGAAUUCUAUGCUGCUGCCAAAUAAAUGAUGAGUCAAAAUUAAUUAACUGAAUCCUUAACCAUUCUAAGAGGCAGAUAUUAUUAUCCCACUUUAUGCGUGAGGGCCCUGAACCCUGGUAAGGGCGGCGCACUCAGUAUCUUCUUCCAAGCCUCUGGGCACACCCCGGUCCACCACAGCCUUGCAAAGCCGGACCUGAGCACGGGCGAAGGCAUCAGCCGAGGCCACACGGGAGUCACUGACGGGUGACAGCCGGCUUUUCGGUGUCGCCACAUUCCGGAACCUUCAGAGCCUUUGGGGCGGGAGACGGAAGUCCCAUCCGUUUUCGCUUGGGUGCAGAAGGGCGGGGCGGUGCCAGGAAGCCGCCUGGGGGCUCCGAGAUUUGCUUAAACCCGGCGGCCAAGCUCAGCAAGCACACCCUCUCCAGAGCCCAGCAUGUGAGACGGACUGAUGGAGAGGUAUGUGGCUGCUAUGGUGUUGAGUGCAGCUGGAGAUGCCCUGGGGUUCUACAAUGGAAAGUGGGAGUUCCUCCGGGAUGGGGAGAAGAUACACCGGCAGUUGGCCCAGCUGGGCGGCUUAGAUGCCCUAGACGUGAGAAGGUGGAGAGUCAGUGACGACACAGUGAUGCACUUGGCCACGGCAGAAGCUCUUGUGGAAGCUGGGAAAGCCCCUAAUUUGACUCGACUGUAUUACCUCCUUGCUAAGCAUUAUCAAGACUGCAUGGAAGACAUGGAUGGCCGGGCACCAGGUAAUGCCUCAGUGCACAAUGCCCUGCAGCUGAAGCCCGACAAGCCCAAUGGCUGGAGGAUUCCCUUCAACAGCCAUGAGGGCGGUUGUGGGGCUGCCAUGCGGGCCAUGUGCAUCGGUCUCAGGUUCCCACACCCCAGCCAGCUGGACACACUGAUCCAAGUGAGCAUUGAGAGCGGUCGGAUGACUCACCACCACCCAACAGGCUACCUGGGGGCCCUUGCGUCUGCUCUUUUUACAGCCUACGCUGUGAAUGGCAGACCACCCUUGCAGUGGGGAAAAGGACUGAUGGAGCUACUACCAGAAGCUAAAAAGUACAUUGUCCAAUCAGGCUACUUUGUAGAGGAAAAUCUUCAACACUGGUCCUACUUCCAAACCAGCUGGGAAAAUUACCUAAAACUUCGAGGGAUUUUGGAUGGAGAAUCAGCCCCUACCUUUCCAGAGUCCUUCGGUGUGAAGGAGAGGGAUCAGUUCUACACCUCUGUGAGCUACUCUGGCUGGGGUGGCAGCAGUGGGCAUGAUGCCCCCAUGAUUGCCUAUGAUGCUCUCCUUGCUGCAGGAGACUCCUGGAAGGAGCUUGCCCAUCGAGCCUUUUUCCAUGGUGGAGACAGUGAUUCUACAGCUGCCAUUGCUGGUUGCUGGUGGGGAGUUCUGAAUGGUUUUAAAGGAGUGAGUCCCUCCAACUAUGAGGAACUAGAAUACAGAAACCGGCUGGAAGAGACAGCAAGGGCUUUAUAUUCUCUCGGAUCAAAGGAAGACACUGUAACUUCCCUUUAGGGAGAUGUGAUGUUUGUUUCUGAUGGAUUCUUCUUUUGUGUAUUUCCUUUUCUGCUAUUUCUUUUCACUUUUUCCAAAGUCAAGAGUCUCAACCUUGUACUCUGGGAAUUUUGAGAUAACAAGUCCCUUGGGCACCUUAAGCUCAGUGUUUUCAGGCUCAUCCUGUUCUUCUAGAAUCUAUCCCUCUUCUUACACCGAAGAGUCUAGCUCAGUUGUUGGGGUCAACGUCUCCCAAGUAAAAAAUCUCAUAACCUCUUAUUUGAGUCUUCAUUUUCAUCAUCUACUUAUUCUAAAAGUUUUUUCUGUUUGUCUCAAAUUAGGCUCACACAAAGCAGACUCUGAGACAAACAUCUGAAUAUAAGCAGUUUACUUGGGAGAUGAUUCCAGGAAAUACUGGUAGGAGAAUGGGGAAGUGAGACCAGGAAGGGAAGGGAGCUAGUACAAGGUCUGUUAAUGAGCAGGUUUGCACUGUGGGCAGUUGGCACUCUGCCAUCUGAGUCCUCUGUCUAAAGCAGUCCUCAGAGUUGCCCCAUUUGAAGGGCAAGCAAACCCGGGGUAUUUAUUCACUGUCCUCCACCUGCCACUGUUUGAGGACCACUGCCAGGGAUGCUAACUACCUGGUACUUCUUGACUUGCCCUUUGUACAAGCCAAACCUGAAUGUCUUCGGUAAAGACUCAAGAGAUACUUGCAGGGGCAAGCUGUAAGGGGCAUGGGACAGUGAGGGAUAUAUGUGGGGUCCUAACAAUAUCUGCCAGGCUGGUCUACCUCCUUAAAUACACUCUAAAUCUAUCACCUCUAUUACCUGUAUCACCUCUAUUACCUUCUUGCACUGAGGAUUUUUCAGCUGGAUUUCUGCAAUCCAAGCUGCUCAGGUCUGGGGAGAUGCUGCUCUGAGCUGCUUCUCCAGACUCUCCUCAUCAUGGCAGUUAACACGUUACCAAUUUUAUUACAGUCUAUUUGCUUGUUUGUAUUUUUUAUAGACAGAACCUAGCACAGUGCUUGAGCAGGCGAUAGGCAUUAAUCAGUAUCAACUGAGUGUUAUGAAAUAGCCUCCUAUCUGGUGCUUCCCUCAUUACCCUCCAGAGUUAUCUUUACGAAUUACAAACUGUCUAUGCUAAACUAAUCAUGGUCUAAUUAUGUUCUAAUGAAUACAUCACGCUUUCUUCAUUUCUUGAUGGCCUUCCCUCUCCUUGUCUACCUGAUAAAUUCUUACUUGUCCUUCAAGUCCCAACUCAGAUCAUAGAGCUUCCUGGGUGAAACCUGCUUUGAUUGUUCAGGCACUUGGCCACCUUCUCCUCACUCACUGUCUGUCCUGGCCUCGUCACCACACCAAUCCUGUUGUAUGGUGCUGUGUGUCUUCUGAGUCAAUCCUAGGCGCAUGCCGCCCAGCAGACAUCCACCUGGGAAAUGAGAUGCCAUCGUCACAUUCAUUUGGUCACCCUCAGUCCAGCCAGUAGGCUUGCUCUCAUUUGGCUUGUUCUUAGGGGUGGGGGAAGGAACAGAGUCUUUUCCUUCUCCUUUUGAGAAAACCACAGAACAUGAUUUUUCAUUUGCGAAAUCCCUGGUUUUCAGCUGAGAGCAGUGGGGAAAUGAGGUCUGAGGAUAGCAGUUCUGCAACCUCCUAGUUCAUCCCACAGGAAUGUUUUUCCAAGUCUUUCCAGUCUCUUUAGAACACGGUGGAGGAGGGUGUGUGUGUUGUAGGGGGUAGGGAGGUAGGAGAUGCAGGGAGUAUCUUAGCAUUUGUUGUUUCCUAGUGCAGGGCUUUCGCUAUAAUUGUAGACAACAGGAAAAAGCUCUUAAGAGAUCCUAUUAGAUUUGCUUCACCAAAUAUCAGUCUUGAUCACAGGCACAUUUCAAAAAGAGGUCCGACUUUCAGACUUCUUUUUCUCAAACCUCAAAACCUCCACCCCAAACUUCACACUCAGCUGCUGACCUUACUUCCUUUGUGUGUGUGUGUGUGUGUGUGUGUGUGUGAAUGUGUAUGUGUGUAUGUGUCAGAGAAAGGAGGGACAGAGAAGGGAGGAUGAGAACGAACGGGGGAAAGAGAUAAACUUUAUGCAUAACGUUAGGGUAAAUCAAUAAAGAUGGUCUGACACAUUG